GUGCAGACAUCACAGGUGAUCGGACUCUGGGCCAAUAGGCGUCCAGUGGGCGGGGCGGAGCUCAGAGGCACUUCCGGAAGGUGACGCUGUGUCCCGUGGCGACUCAGGGGGACGGGGGUUUAUCGCUAAGACCGCGGCUGGAGGCGCAGGACCGGACCCGGAGCUCUGCGCGGUAUAUGCGGGAGGAGGUUCCAUGUCUCAGCUCCAGAGACCCCCGCACACCGGACCCUCCAACCAGUGUCUCACAGGCUGCCUCUAUCAAGUCAUUCAAACAACUGGACUGCAAGGGUCAAACGUCUUGAAGCUCCUCCCGAUACUGAAGCCGAAGGAUAGCCUUCUUCCUGUCGUGCCCUCUCCCCUAACGCCCAGUAGGCCAACACUAAAUGUACCUCAGGCAGUUCUAUCCUCACCACCAUCAGUAUUACCACCACCAGUCUCCAUCCUAUCCAGACCCAGUCCUGUGAGCGUACCCCUGGUACAGACCCCUGCCUUGGGGAAUUAUAUAAUCACAGCACAGAAUAACGUCACAAACUCUAACCACGUGGAAAAUCCAUUUUUACUUCCAGAAACGAAGUUAUUUGUGGAUAACACACAGCUGACUAUUCCAGUAAAUUCUGUGCCGGCAAAUCCAACAAUCUUAAUGAUGAACAAGACGGGCAGUCCUAUAAAACCCACGGCCAUGUUACCUGCCGGACAUUCCCUUCAAAUUCCUGCCCAUGCCGAAGUCAUAUCCCUUCCUGUUUCUUCCCUGCCCUACUCCAUCCAGCAAAAAAUACUGCCCCAGGUUAGCGGCCCAGACACCGGCAAGAACCCUUCAGUCAUCUACGUGUCUCCAGUGAACACUGUAAAGUCCAAUAAUAACCAGAGCUCCAUGGUGUAUCCCAGCCCCAAUACCUCAAAUAUAAUUCCAAAGUCAUUGCUUCAGCAGAGGCUGCCCUCCAGCACCAGUGAAGCCCAAAAAGAGCCAAUGAAAUGGGUUGUCCAGGAGACCCGGGAAUCUGCCGCUUGCCUCGUCCCAGUCAAGUCCACCAAUGAUACGGCAUCAAAAAUUCUACAGAUCCUGUCCAAAACGAAGAUGGAAGAUGUUAACCUGACCAAUACUGAUCACUCUAAGGUCGUGCAAAUAAAGGACAAUGCCCUGGUAAUGUGCAACAAUAAGAUCUUCUUUUUAACCAAAAAAGGGACGGAGCUUGUUGAUGCCGGAAGUAAAAUCGCAGAACCCCCUCAGUACUCCUCCCCGGAUAAGCCAGCGGCACAGAUCGAACCGAUGAAAGACUUGUCCAAUAAAGUGGUGCAAGUGGUACUUUCCAAAAGUAAGUCGCCCCCUCCCAUCGCUGAACAGUCGGUUCAGUCCAAUGUUGUUAGUACCGCAAAACCCAAAAGGAAGAGUUCAACCCCCCGACCUGCUAGAGCCGACCCCAAUGACAUUUAUAUGGCUGAGAGCUGCGGUAAUGUCUCGGUGAAGACUUGCGACACCCCCGCUGGUCCGUCAGAUACAGCUAAAAAAGGCAACGAAAAGAAAAAUGAUCAGCUGCUCCCUAAGUCACAGGGGAAAGAAAUCCUGAUGGCUGCAAAGGCUCCUGAAGUGAAUAGGAUGGAUGACCGAGGCUGGAGGCUGAAAUUUGGGUUAUUAAAGCAGGAAAAGAUCAUCCUAAAGAGGAUCCCCCUUAUCCGGCCGCAGGGCAGGUCCGACACGGAUCCUGCCGAUACACAGCAGAACCCAUCGAAGCGAAAGUCAUCGAGCGGACAGGACGUAAAGUCCUCAAAGAAGCAAAAAAACAAAGAGGACGGGGAUCUGAACCGUAACACCAUAAACCCAGAGGGAUCUACAGACUCUCCAUAUUCUCUUGUUGCUGGGAGGUAUACUGCACCAGGGGGAGGGAGUCUUGACACUACCCAGAGAUCGAGCGCCUCCACCUGGCCACCGACCUACUAUGGGGGAGAAGAGUCGGACCCUCCAGACAGCGCAGAUUUCCAGGUCCAUCAGGAUGUUACCGGACACUAUAGUGGUUUUUCACCGGCGAGUCAGAGAUUUUACACAGACUCUUUCUCCUCCUCGAUGUAUCCCGAUGAGACAACCAAAGAUGAAAAAAUCCAGAGACUGAAGGAAGUGUUAAAAGAGCGCGAGAGGGCGCUGGAAGCUGUGCGCCUAAAGAAGAUGAUAUAGUCGCCUGGCGUAACCAUAAGGGGUCAUGCGUUACCCAUCUGUGUUUGGAUAUAGGCUGCUAUACUGGUCCUGGACUUCAUAGUGUUAAGGUGGCCAUGCCCGUAAUUCAGGCUGGCGUAAAUGUGAAUAAGCGGAUGGACCGCUGAUCUGUAGUGUUGACAUGUUCAUCCCCAACCAAUGGAAACCAAUCCAAUGUUAAGCGAAUUAAACAUUUUUACAUCAUCACAGAGAAUGAUCAUGCUGCAGCCUUUUACAUGGAACUUAUUCAAGCUGAUAUCUACAACCUGCUCAUAAAAAGAAAGGGUGCCAGACCCCCAAAAAUCUAGUACCCCAACCCACCCCCCACCAGUGUUAUCUCCUGUGUGUUCCUGACCUGCAGCGAAUGGUUCACCUCAGCUCAAACAUUGUGUAAUAAGUUCUUCAGCUUCUUCUAGACUUUGUUUUAGUUUUGCAUUAUUUGAAGCAUCUCUGCUUGCUGUCAGUGAAUUGGAAUGUGCCACACCUGUCCUGUGGUUGUGUAUAGUAUUGCAUCUCAGUUCCAUUGAAGUGAAUGGAGCAGAGUUGUAAUACCACACAACCUGAGGACAAAAAGCAGAUAUGGUAUUUCUAAUCCAGUGUUUCCCAACCAGGGUGCCUCCGGCUAUUGCAAAAUUACAACUCCCAGCAUGCCCGGAUAGCCAACAGCUGUUCUAAUCCUUGUCAACCACUGUCAGAAUAGGGAUCAAUGCACCAUACUCAUUGAGUAUCAGAAGGCAAACCAACCGUCAGUGUGUGGUGGUGUCUCAAAACUGCCCCGACCUGAUCUUGACAUCAGAAGUUAUCUGGAAUCCUCUUAAGGGCUGGAUACAAAUUAGGGACAAAACAAAUGUGUCCUCACUGACCUUAGGUCUGUGCGAGAACAUAAACUAAUAUUUCCAUUCGCUAUCAUGAGAAUAAUAAAACACAAAUUCUCUGUUAGAAAGUUGCAGACCUGUAUGGUGGAAUUUCAUGAACGCUGAGCGCAGGAUCAUCAAAGAAAAGUUAGUUUUCUUCUGAUCUGGGUGCGAUGGAAUGUGAGGAACAGGUUACCUCUUAUUUUGGAUAGUGUUUGGGAACUCCAUCAUUGAAGACUUUGUGUUAGCUGGAUUUGUAUUGGGAUCACGUGUAGUCUCUCUACCAACUCGUAGACCUGUAUGAUGCAGGUAUGGCUCCUCUCUGUGCUUCUGACUAGAUCAGCGGGUUCACAUGUAAGCCCUCUACCACCCCAUAGACUUGUAAAAUGUAGGUAAAGCUCCUCUCUCCACUUUUAUCUAGAUCAGUGGGAUCAUGUGUAGGCUUUUUACCACCCCAUAGAUCUGUAUGAUGCAGGUACAGCUCCUUUUAUAAUCUUCGACUAGGUCAGUGAGAACACUUGUAGGCCCUCUACCACAUCAUAGACUUGUAUAAGGCAGGUAUUGCAUUGACUGGAUCUACGCUUCUGACUAGAUUAGUGGGAUCACAUGUGGACCUUCUACCACCUCAGACUUUUAUGAUUGAGACAUGGCUCCUUUUUCACUUCUAACUAGAUCAGUGGGAUGCCGUGUAGGCCCUCUACUUCCCAUAGCCUUGUAUGAUGCAGGUACAGCUCUGAGUGGAUCGACGCUUCUGACUGGAUCAGUGGGAUCAUGUGUCGGCCCUCUACCGCCUCAUAGGGACGACUCCUCUCUACGCUGAAAGUCGAGGCACAGUAACUGGUGGUUGAACAUUACACUACAGUUUUUGUUCUGAGGCCACAGCUAAAGAUGAGCGAAUGUACGGUACGAUUUGUCAAAAACCUGAAUCUCGAGCAGGGAAUCGGAGCACUUGAAAAAAUUUUACUACUUUUUCUAGACAAAAUAAAUGGAUUGCUGUUUCUGAAAAUUGGGUUUCAGCAAUUUGUGUACUGUACAUUGGUACAUCUUAGUUGUAUCGCUCAAGAAGAGAGCUGUCCAAGAGAUGGACUCUUUUUUUUAUUUUAACUUUUUAAGAGCCUAGAUCCCUUCAGACUAAGGACUUUAAAUUUUAUUUAUUUUAUGUUACUGGGUUGUAGCUCAGCUGUAAAUAAUUCAAGGCUUUGCUGAAAGGGAAACUGUGGCUAAGAUUUAACCUAUAGAAGUGGCCACAAGUUAUGCACCAUAAUAUAACACAUCCCACCAUAUUAUGUCCCCCCUUAGCAACCAUCCAUAAAUGUUAAAAAAAAAUUACUUAAUUAUUAUCGUGGUCCUGUCUGUGCUGUCCAUCUUGCCUAAAUUGGGAAGCCUAGAAGAAUCGGGCUGCUACAUGUACAGCUGCAGCCUGAAAGUUAGGAUUGUUAUGAUAAAGCACAAGAUUUGGUCACUCAUUGCAUAGGCCAAAUCAUAGUGAUGGGUUCCCUUUGGUGAAAAAAAGCCAAAUUUGUUACUAAAAGUAUUUUAAGUAUUUUCAAAAGUGAAGUGUUCAUGUCUCCCUUCAGACACAUCAUUCCUUAUCUCUUUACGGACAUUUUGGGGGCAUUGGAGGUUUCUUGCUCAUAGGAGAGAAGCUCUCCAUGAUUAACGCGUAGGAACUUUGUCUGACACUUGAAAAUGGGAAAUUUUUUGGACAGUAUUGUAACGUCAAUGCGGUCACUGGGGAAGGUUUACAUUUCUAAGUUGUAACACUGUAAUCAAGUGAUUCAAGGCCUUUUUUCCCACCUGAUGCAGCUUAUUAUUUUAUUGUAUCUGGUAAAGGACCCUCAGUAUUUGCUGUGAUCUUUUGUGGACGGUAGCGUCACUUAUGUGUUACAUUGUUCUCCUUUUGUACUGUGAUUUGUUAAUUUUCCCUUACAGAUUGUAUCACGGCAAUAAAGCCCAAAUGCCCCAUUAACAC